ACAUGAUUUGUGCUAGGCAAAGACGCUUUAACCAAAGCUAAAGCCUUUGACGAAAUCUCCGCUGGAGUUGAAACUGUCAGGUUUGGUUAUAAAAUGUGUAUCAAAACGAAUACUAUAGACAAAGACGUGCCACGUGGACUCAUGUGGAUAGAUUGUGUCUUUUCGAUAGAGCUUUGGCCACGUGGCGCAAUGUGUACCAAUGAUAGGAUGCAAAAAAUAACACACAGAACUCAUCCUCUCUCUCGCUCACUCCACAACGAACAAGAAGGCUUGUUAUCAUGGCUGCUUCCUCAAUCCCGCCGUCAACCGCCGCAACCUCCGUCGUUCGCAAAUCGCUCUUCCUCUCCACCACCUUCUCCUCCUUCCCCGCUUCUUCCUUGCCUCCCGCCGUUAAAUUACCGCAAAAACACAUUCACAGAAGACUUCUCCUAGCUUCCUCCUCCUUAUCCGCCGCCGUUCCUUCCGAUUCCAAACCGGCGGCGAAGAAAGAAACUGUCUAUUUCGACGGCGGAGCUCACUACGGGGAUCUACUGGCCAACCUCGUAUUAGGCCUAACCAUCCUGUGGCUCCCACUGACGCUAGCCGCCGUGUCUCGAGCGUUUAACCUCCGUUACAGGUUCACCAACCUCCGCGUGACGGUGAUAUCGGGGCUCACAGGAGAAGAACGGAGCGAUUUCUCGUACAAGGUGAUCAAGGACGUCCAGGUUGUGCCGAGGUUCAUCGGAGAGUGGGGUGACAUCAUCAUCACGUUGAGAGACGGGACGAAGGUGGACCUGAGAAGCGUUCCUAAGUUCAGAGAGAUUGCUAAGUACUGCUUGUCCAUGGCUGAUCAACCUGCCGUUGUCAAAGAAUCUGGUGCCAAAGGCUUCUGAAAAUGUUGUUUCUCUAUUUUUCUUGCUAAAUUAAAAAAAAUAUAUUAAAUCUUGUCUUGCGAUUUUUUUUUCAGUAGAGUUUGUAUCGUUCCAUGUCGAUAUUUGUUACUGAUUUCAUCUUCUUUGUAUGUUCUAUCUUAUCUAUGAGAGAGUCGACGGUGAGACAGCGUGUAUACUAAUGCUAUAGUUUCUUUUGUUUUCACAUUAGCAAUAAAUCUUAAACCUUUUUCCCCCA